UAGCCCUGGAAUCAAACGCCACUCCAUGCUCAGCUAUGAUCAAAGGAACACAGGUAAGGCAGCCACAGAGACACAUACAAUUGGCAUCUAAAAAAGUAAGCCGUCUACCCUCACACCCCUCCUUCCCUCCUGCUUUUUUAUCUCCUGACUACUCUGACACCGAGAGGAGAAACGUGGAGCACAUUGAUCAGAAUAAAGCAAAGUGAUCAGGUUUUGAAGAUGUGGGGGGAAGUUUGUUCUCGCCAGAAACUUUUGGACAAAGGGAAUUCUGGGAUAGAGGUUCAACAUGUAUGCCAAAGUGUAGAAACUUCCCAUUUGCACCCGGUUCAAUGGACGAAGAAAAAGAGGAAAUAGAUAAAGAUUUAUAUUGGAUCAAGUCUUGCUGAUCUCGCCGGCCAACUGUAAAAGCAGGAGAUCAACCAACCGCUGAACUCACAGAAAAAAACCCCUGCGGCCGACUACCACAGGAAUCUGCAAUGUUCCAGUCAUUCUCCACUGUUCAAUCGGCCUCUGCGGCUAAUGUAGCAAACCAGCAUAACCAGUGGGCCCCGGGGCCCUCGUUCUCCUCCUACCACUAUUCCUGCAACACAGAUUCAAAGCCGGUCCCCUACCACAGCAGUCAGCCCUCCACCUGGCCCUGGACUCGAUGGGAGGUUCAAAGUCACCUGGAGAACUCCAAGUACCACCUCCACCAGACUCAGGCCCAGCAGGUCAAGCAGUACCUAACUUUGGGCAGCAAGCUUGCCAGCCAGGCACACCAAGUGGGCCAUCCUCACCCGGGCCAGGCCCUGGGAACGGUGCCCGUCAUGCGCAACGGACACAUGCCGCCCGUGAGCGACAGCAGCACGCCAGGAAGCCCCGUCACCCUGCUCACGCUGGCCAACAAUCACGACAGCGAGUUUCCAAUGGAUGAAGUUAUUGAUGAUCUUAUUAGUCUUGAAACCGGGUUCAAAGAUGGAGGUUUGGACUGUAUGGAGCCAGGCAUCAUGAUGCAAAAUAACGUGUCGCUGAACAACAGCAUGCUGGAGGUGUACGGCGGUGACCAAGAACUUGACACCAGAGUCCUGGCCAAAGAACGACAGAAAAAAGACAACCACAAUCUAAUCGAAAGACGACGGCGAUACAACAUCAACUACAGGAUCAAGGAGCUGGGGACGCUGAUACCGAAGUCAAACGACCCUGAUAUGCGCUGGAACAAAGGGACGAUCCUCAAGGCCUCGGUGGAAUACAUUAAGUGGCUGCAGAAAGAGCAGCAGCACGCCCGUGAUCUCGAGAGCCGACAGAAGAAACUAGAACAGGCCAACAGAAGACUCCUGCUACGAAUCCAGGAACUGGAAAUCCAGGCUCGCGCUCACGGUUUGCCCAGUAUGGCUGCUUCUAUGGGAGCUGCCGAACUUUCAUCCCAUCUCUUAAAGCAGCAGCAGCAGCAGCACCAGGCAGUCACACCGGCCCCGCCGAGCACCCAGGCCCCGCAGCAGCCGGGCCAGCCACCCAUCUACACUCAGGAGGACGUGAGUAACCCGGAGUACACCCAGCGGACACCCUUACCGGCGGCGAUGGCCGCGGGGAACGCCGGAGAACAGACCGACGGCUCCAACACCUACUCAGAUCCUCUCUCCCACUUCACCGACUUCUUCUGCAACACCUUGAAAGAAGAGCACCGGCUGGACGAGAUCCUCAUGGACGACCCUCUCUCGCCCUUCGGGACAGACCCUCUGCUCUCCGCCGGAUCGCCCGCCGCGUCCAAAGGGAGCAGCCGCAGGAGCAGCUUCAGCUCAGAGGAAGCCGACGAGCUCUGACCGUCCAGAAGCUGACCCGUAACACUGUGUAACUGACCUCCCGUUUCCAUUGGAUUACAAAGACCACGAGAGUCUUACUCCGAUGUUGAGUCAGACACAUCAAAAAAGGGAGAUUGACUAUUUGAUCUACUGACACCGACCCAAAAGACUGUCUAUACAGCAAUAACACUGGCUACGUAUGAUGACUGGCUCACAAAAUGUAUAUUUCUGAAACUUAAUGGCAUUGUUGAGAGGGACGGCUGUAGAGAGCGCCUUAUUCACAACAGACUGACUUUAUUACCACUGAGACCAGAAGCAAUGCAGUCGCUAUUAUGCUAUGCAAAAAGCCCUAAUGCGUCUUUCUAUAUUUCAUACAUACUGUAUUUUUCCAGAAACAUACUGUUCAUGUAUUUAUGUUUUAAUCUGUGUAUUCUUAAAAAAACCCACAAAAAAACUUUAUCUAACAUGUUACUUUUUAUAUAUAACUCCAGGGGUGUGGGGAAACACAAUAAACCCCUUUUUCAUAAACUGAA